AUGCGGUCACUUCGCAAGUUGCGCCACAGCUGGCGGCGGCAUUCGGGUUCGCGUUUUCUUCGAAAUUUUCAGGUGCAGCCGGCGCAGCAGCAAUUGGAGCCGCAGUCCAAGCCCGCAUCCGUGGUUAGUUGGCGUUAUGUGCUGGCCCUAAAUACGGAUGAGUUCUGUCGCAACACAAGCAUACAUGGACUUAAGUACAUCAAUAGUCGCAAGCUGCACAAUGCCGACAGAUUGUUCUUUGCAGCUGCGCUAUUGGCCGUACUUGGCUUUGCCGGAUUUCUGAUGCAGGACGCCUUCGACAAGUGGAACACCACGCCCGUCAUAGUCGGCAUUAAUCCGGAGCCAACUUAUAUAACCAACGAGCCCUUUCCCGCCGUCACCAUUUGCAAUCUGAAUCAGGCACUCGCCUGCCGUGCCGCACAAUUUGCCAAGGAUAUGCCACAAUAUGCGAUGUUGCAGGUGCUUUGCCGCCGCAAGUUGAACUCGCAGCUCAGUCGUGGCAACAACAAUUGGGAGCAACUAAUUAGCAAUAUCUCCCAGCCCUGCAGCGCUUUGGUCAUUGGCUGUCGCUUUGGCGCCCUGGACAAUCAAUGCGAACGCAUGUUCUAUCCAAUUAUUACCGACGAGGGUCUCUGCUGUGUCUUCAAUAUGCUACAUCCGCGCUUUAUGUACAAGCAUAACGUGCCAUUAACACUACGCAACAUAAGCACACCCAAGGGCUAUCAGGCAGUCAACUGGCAUGCAGAGCUCGGCUACAAUCGCCCCCUGGGCAAGCCGCACCAUCAGUACUACCCACAAGCCGCCUUGGGUAUAGGCGAAUCCCUAGGCUUGUCCUUAACGCUAGACGUUGGUGCUGAUGAUUACUAUUGCUCCUCGGCCAGCAGCAUUGGCUUCAAGGUGGCACUGCACAGUCCCAACGAGUCGCCCAAUGUGCGUGAGACGGGCUUUCUGCUCUCGCCCGGGCUGGAGACCAAGCUGCGCAUUGAGCCCGCCAAAAUGAUAACAGAGCUGCAGCUGCGCCAAGUGCAGCGGCGCUAUCGCCACUGUCUGUUCCAUGAUGAGGGCAAGUUGCGCUACUUUGUGCACUAUACGCAACGCAACUGCGAAAUGGAAUGCAUGUCCCGCCUGUUGCUGCAACACUGCGGCUGCGUGGUCUUCUAUAUGCCGCGCAUCAAUGGCAACGAUACCAUCUGCAGCAUACGGGAAACGCAAUGCGUGGAGCGCGUACGCCUGCACACAGUUGGCAGUACUGGAGUGGCGUCCUACCUGGACAGCUGCCUGCCUAGCUGCUUUGAUCUUACCUUCAACUCGUUUACUUACUCCACUCGCAUUUCGGCUGAGGGCUUUAAGUUUGCCAAUCCCCAACUGAAGAACUUCAGUCUUGAGCAUCUGGAGCGCAGCAUUGCUGUGGUCCACAUGUACUUCAAGGAGCAAACAUUUCGCGCCAGCAAGCAAACUGAAUUCAUUGGCUUCUCCGAUUUUCUAUCCAAUGUGGGCGGUCUGAUGGGUCUGUUCCUGGGCUUCAGUUUUCUAUCCAUAGUCGAGUGCAUCUACUUUGCACUCAUACGACCCUGUCGCACCUACGCGGAGCAUAAGAAUCAGCGUUUCGCACAGCGCUUGGAACUGACAGCAGCUACACCACAGAAAUUUGCACAGCAAGCUGCUCGGAAAUGGUUUGAAACGGAGCUGGGACAGCUGCGGCAGCAACGCCAGCGAUAUGCUGCAUAUAAACGCCAUUUAGUUGUGCAAAAUACAUAG